UAUGAACAGAUCUAGAAUCCAAAAAUGGCGAAAAGCAAGGAAGAUAUCAAGUACGGCACGGCUCAGGCGAAGUUAUCAGAAGACGAAUCGCUAAGAGUGGCGUACAAAGCCGGCACACCGUUGGAAGCCGGAAAAAUUCCAGAUUCCGAUCCAGAUCCAAUCGAUCUCUUCUCCGCCGCUCAAAAUAUCUCAAAUCAACAACAAAAUGAAGGUGUGAUUGCAGAAUCGAAGCCUGUCGAUUUAUUCUCCGGUGCCGGAGGCGUUUCCAACGCUAAUCAAGUGGAUGAAGUUCGGGUGGGUAGUCGUCAGCCGUCAGCUAACUGAUUAGAGCAUCUCCGGUGGCUACAUCGACUUCCUUGUUAAGAAUUAGGUUUUUGUUUGAUGGUUUUUUACAAGUUUAUGGUAUUUUAUUAUGAGAAACCAGUAAACUUCAAAUUUCGUCUCUGUGGUUAGUCUUAGUCAACAGUAACACUUACUCUUGAAAUAUCGAUAAAAUGGCCGACAUGAGAAUAACAAA